AUGGCGAAGGGUCUGCAGGGCUGCUUGUGCACCAUGCUGCUGCUGUUCUGUGCCAUCCAGGAGCUGGGGUCCUGGGCCAUGCACACGGCGGUGGAGGGCCCUGGCCUCGGGGAGCCCGGGGAUCCUGCGCUGCUGGCCGGCGGGCGAGUGAAGCGUGGCUGGGUCUGGAACCAGUUCUUUGUGGUGGAGGAGUACACGGGCACGGAGCCGCUCUAUGUGGGGAAGAUCCACUCGGACUCGGAUGAGGGAGACGGCUCCAUCAAGUACACCAUCUCCGGGGAGGGCGCGGGGACCAUCUUCCUCAUCGAUGAGAUCACAGGUGACAUCCACGCCACCGAGCGCCUGGACCGGGAGCAGAAAACCUUCUACACGCUGCGGGCACAGGCGCGGGACCGGCAGACGGACCAGCUGCUGGAGCCCGAGUCAGAGUUCAUCAUCAAGGUGCAGGACAUCAACGACAGCGAGCCACGCUUCCUGGAGGGGCCCUACAUCGGCAGCGUGGCAGAGCUGUCCCCCGUCGGCACCUCUGUGAUGCAGGUGAUGGCCUCUGAUGCCGACGACCCCACCUAUGGGAGCAGCGCCCGGGUGGUCUACAGCGUGCUGGAGGGGGAGCAGCACUUCACUGUGGACAGCAAAACAGGUGUGAUCCGGACCGCCGUGGCAGACCUGGACCGUGAGACGCAGGACCGCUAUGAGGUGGUGAUCCGUGCCACAGACAUGGCAGGACAGCUGGGUGGCCUGUCUGGAUCCACCACGGUCACCAUCGUGGUCACUGAUGUCAACGACAACCCGCCACGCUUCCCUCAGAAGAUGUAUCAGUUCAGCAUUGUUGAAACGGCCCCCGUGGGCACUGCCAUCGGGAGGGUGAAGGCAGAGGACUCUGACGUCGGGGAGAACACGGACAUGACAUAUCAAGUGAAGGAUGAGGAAGGGGUGGAGAUGUUCAAAGUCACCACCGACAGCAACACCCAAGAGGCUGUCAUCACAGUACAGAAGCCUCUUGACUACGAGUCAAAAAAAGUGCACACUGUCGUGGUGGAGGCCCUCAACAAGUUCGUGGACCCACGGUUUGUGGACCUGGGCACCUUUCGGGACCAGACCAUCGUGCGGGUCUCAGUGCUGGACGUCGAUGAGCCCCCCGAGUUCCGGCCCCCCUCCAACCUGAUGGAGGUCCAGGAGGAUGCACACGUUGGGUCUGUCGUGGGGGUGGUCACUGCCCUGGACCCGGACACAGCGAACCACCCUGUCCGGUACGCCAUCGACCGCAGCACGGACACCGAGAGGAUCUUUGACAUCGAUGCCAAAACAGGAGCUAUUGUGACAGGAAAGGUCCUGGACAGGGAGACAGCAGGGUGGCACAACAUCACUGUCCUGGCCAUGGAAGCAGAUAAUCACUCCCAGGUGUCGAGGGCCUCUCUCCGUAUCCGAAUCCUGGACGUCAAUGACAAUCCACCUGAGCUUGCCACCCCCUAUGAAGCCGCUGUGUGUGAGGAUGCCAAGCCAGGCCAGCUGAUCCAGACAAUCAGUGUUGUGGACCGGGACGAGCCUCAGAGCGGCCACCGUUUCUACUUCACACUGGCGCCUGAAGCCACCAACAACCACCAUUUCUCUUUGCUGGAUAUUCAGGACAACACGGCAGCGGUGCACACACAGAGAGUGGGCUUCAAUCGCCAGGAGCAGGACGUGUACCUGCUCCCCAUCCUGGUGGUGGACAGCGGCCCCCCAGCCCUGAGCAGCACAGGGACUCUGACCAUCCGUGUGUGUGGCUGUGACAGCAACGGGGCCAUCCAGUCCUGCAACAGCACAGCCUACGUGGUGUCAGCCACACUGAGCCCCGGCGCCCUCAUCGCGCUGCUGGUCUGCGUCCUCAUUCUGGUUGUGCUGGUCCUUCUGAUCCUCACGCUGAAGCGGCACCACAAAAGCCACCUGACCUCUGAGGAUGACGAGGACAUGAGGGACAAUGUCAUCAAAUACAACGAUGAAGGAGGUGGUGAGCAGGACACGGAGGCCUAUGACAUGUCAGCCCUACGCAGCCUCUACGAUUUCAGUGAGAUCAAAGCUGGUGAUGGAGGCGGGGGGCCAGGAGAGGGGGGCCCAGGCAGAAGCCCAGCCUCCGAGCUCCAUGCCCUCCCACAGUGGGUGCAGAGCCCAGACCUGGACUUCUCUGUGUUCAGAGACUAUAUCUGCAGGAAGGUGGAGCAGGCGGACGAGGACCUCUCUGUGCCGCCCUAUGACUCAUUCCAGACCUAUGCUUUCGAGGGCUCGGACUCCCCAGUGCCCUCCCUGAGCUCCAUCAACACCUGGUCCAGCGGCUCCGAGCAGGACUUCUCCUACCUGGGGGGCUGGGGGCCGCGAUUCCGGCAGCUGGCAGCGCUGUACGCGGGGCGCAGGGGCGACGAGGACAGCGAGGAGUCCUAG